UCUCCCUGUCCUCUAUUAAGAAAAUGUCACUUCCCUCUUACUGUGGUCACUGCAGCAGCACCUUCCCCUCAACAGGAGAAGUCUUCAGAGCAUCUGUCGGACAUCUCUCGCCACCAAAAUGGCCGGCCUUUGCUGGGUGGCUGUGGUGCUGGCCUUCUUCCUGUCUGCUGGAAACAGUUUGGAUGCCGUGGACCAGAACUGGCUCACAAGUAUUAUAGAUGGCAUCAAGAAUGAGUACGCACUAGGUGACACCUUCAGUCUGGCUGUGAACGUCCCACAGAACCAAGACCCAAAUACUCUUCAGCAAGUCUUUCAGGAUGACCCAGCAGACAAAGUGAUUCAAACUGUUUCAGGGGGUCAAGUGUACCAGGGCACCAGGGUGGUGGCGGCAGCAGGGGCAGUGGCACGUGUUCUAGAAAACAUACAACCCCUCAUUAAGAGCAGUCAGGGUAAUUUCCUCGUCAUCUACUCCGAAGAAUCCCCAACAGCAAAUGAGGACGGUGUCGCUGGCAAGGUUAACGAUGUCAUUCAGAACUGGAGUGGUUAUGCGUUUGUGUUUUCUAAAGUAGUCAAUGUUCCUGACGCAGACGUGUCUCAACUGUCUGAAUCCUUUAAACAACUUGGGAUUUCGAAAUUUGGGCUUGACAACAUAUUCCGUUGUUAUAAACCCGGGGAUGAUCCUUUUCAGUGCACCAGCUGCUCCUCAGGUGGAGAUGUUGCACCCACAUGUGUUGCAGACAAUUCCCUGUCAAAUCAAGAACAGGGCGUAGGCGGGGAAGUAAGUACAGUCCCACCAGGCGCAGGCACAGACACUGGCCUUAGUAGCGGAACAGGAGGUGGCAGAGAAAAGGAGAAGGGCAGACAAGUGAAAGUGAGCCGCUGCAAAGGACGUAAACGAGGCUGCAAGCGUAGAAAAGGUGGCAAGGUUCGAAAAGGGCGCAAGCAAAGAGGAGGCAAGGGUAAAAAAUGGGGUAAGGUUCGAAGAGGGCGCAGAGGCAAAGGUAAAAAGGGGCGCAAGGGUAAAAAAUGGGGUAAGGCUCGAGGAGGCCGCAGAGGCAAAGGUAGAAGAGGGGGCAAGGGUAAAAAAAGUGGAAAACGCAGGGGAGGCUGGGGCAAGAAAAAAGGCGGAUUUAAAGGCUGGGGACUGCAAUGAUACAGGUAAAAUAACCUGUGAAUCUGAGCAGCAGCUGGGACAAAACAAUGCAGUGUCCAUUUUUAAAAAUGUGCUUGUUUCUUUUCCUUCCCAUAGAUUUAAUGACUCCCUCGUACAGCAUUUGAAAUCUUUUAAUGCCUGCGUCUAUACAACACUUUUUUGGCACAGAUACUGAAAAGAUCCAUUUUUUUUAAGCUUUCAAAAGGUUAAGGCUGGCUGUAUUCUUUAUUUUUAGGGAAGCUGGAAAAUAUUUAGAGACGUACUAACACAUUGUUGGUUUUGGUCUUUUGAUGGGAUUUGUUAACAACAAAAAUAUAAAAUGUCACCAGGCUUAUGCUUUGAAAACUCACUGCAGACCAUGAACUGAUCGAUCUUGGUAAGCAGACUUUUUAUUUCAGUAAACAACACACACACACACACACACACACACACACACACACACACACACACACACACACACUAAGCCAUAGUGGUGCUCGUGCCUGCCCAACUACUCCACAGUGAUACAGCCAGUGGGUUUUAAACUGAGGCAAAGAAAGAAAAAAGGAGGAUUAUUGUAAAUUAACCUCUGUAUCUUUAGUAUUUGUAUAAUUGUACUUUGUAAUUCUGUAAAGCGCCAUCACCAUAUCAUCUGAUGUUCUGUUCUUUCUGAUUAAAGCUUCGCUCAGCAUUUAU